GACCGGGCUCGGCCAAUCGGAGAGGCCGUUACAGAAGAGCGUCGCAGAACCCUUUGUAAGGAGCCACCGCGGAGGCCGGGUUGGAGAAGACUCCUUGAAGAAUGGAGCCUAGGAGCAAAGUGCCAGCGUUCCUGUCGGACCUGGGCAAGGCCACCUUGAGAGGCAUCCGCAAGUGUCCCCGGUGUGGCACCUACAACGGGACCCGGGGCCUGAGCUGCAAGAACAAGACCUGUGGCACCGUCUUCCGCUAUGGCGCUCGCAAGCAGGGAGCCGCCGACGCCGUGAAGAUCGUCACAGGUUCGGAGGCGCAGGUCUUCUCGGUGCGGCAGAGGGACCGAGGCCCAGAUGGGCGCUGCUUCGUGGAGCUGCGGGUCUCAGAGACAGCCCUCCAGACGGCGGAGGGGACCCUCCUGACACGGCUAAGCUCUGGGCGCUGUCACAUGGUGCCCUGCUCGAAGGCGGCCUCCCAAGGGGUGGCAGAGAACCAGUGCCAGCACAUUAAGCUGGCGGCAAACUGCCAGGCGGAGGCCACCCCUCUGACUCUGAAGAGCUCCGUCUUGAACGCCAUGCAGGCCCCAGCCGAAACCAAGCAGACCCUCUGGCAGCUGGCCACCGAGCCCACGGGGCCCCUAGUGCAGAGGAUCACCCGGAACAUCAUGGUGGUCAAGUGCAAAGCCAGCCAGAAGCACAGCCUGGGCUACCUCCAUGCCUCCUUCUCUGCGCAGAAAGCCGGGCACAAGAACGCAGCGGAGGCACGCUUCUCCUGCGCCUGCCAGGGCUCCAAAGCCAAAGAGGAGGCUGGGCAGAAGUGCCUCCACUUCUUCGCCUGCCUUUGUGCCUUCGCCAGCGACGAUGCUUUGGCCCAGGAGUUUGCCGAUUUUCUCAGCUGCAAUUCCAAUGCAGGAGAUUUGAAGCCGACCAUAGCAUGCCCUCCUGUUGGCCAGCCGGAAGUCGUCCUGCACUCUGCAGAUGCCCCUGCGACCAAAACAAAGAGGAGGAAAAAGGAGGAAGUAUUGGGCCUGCAAAGCAAUACCCCGCUCUUGUCACAAGACCCGGCAAACAGCAACCUGCGGAAAAGUGGGCUGAAGAAGACAUCGGUUGCUUCACUUAAGAGGCAAGCCUGCAGCCAAGGGCCGGAUGAGUCACAGGUGAGCAUGUCCUUCCAGGAAUGGCUGGCCAGUGUCACGGAGCGGAUCCACCAAGCGAUGCAUUACCAGUUCGAUGGCAAACCGGAGCCGCUGGUGUUCCACAUCCCGCACUCUUUCUUUGAGGCCCUGCAGAAGAGGAUUUCUGUCGGGAGCGCCAAGAAGCGGCUCCCCAAUUCAACCACAGCGUUUGUCCGGAAGGAUGCCUUGCCUCUGGGCACCUUUUCCAAAUACACCUGGCACAUCACCAACAUCCUGCAAGUCAAACAGAUCUUCGAUACACUCCAGAUGCCCCUGGAAAUCACCCGCAGCUUCAUCCAGAACAGGGAUGGCAGCUAUGAGCCUUUUAAGUGCCCUAAAGUAGAGGUGGAGAGCAUCCCAGAAGCCUACGGACGGAUGGAGAAGCAGCAGCCGGUGCUGCGGCCCUUGGAGGUCAAGACCUUCCUCAAAGUCGGCCACACUUCCCCUGACCAGAAGGAGCCCACACCUUUUGUCAUCGAGUGGAUCCCGGACAUCCUCCCUCACUCCAAGAUCGGCGAACUCCGGAUACGGUUUGAGUACGGACACUACAGGAAUGGACACGGUGCAGAGGGCCAAGAGCAGCAGCGCCCUUCCCUCGAACAGACGUUUGAGCUCAUGCCUCUCACCACCAUCACAUUCCCUUGAACGGCGGGUGCGCUUUGCAGAUGGGCUUGGCCUCCACACACACGCUUGGUGGCCAUCAUGGUUGCCAUACUCAUGGUUGGAGAGAGCUCAUCACAAGCGGCGUCACAACAGCAGCUGCAGGAGAUUCAAUAGGAAGUCAUGUCUCUUUCUUUUCCAUUUCUGUGUUCUAAGAUCUGUGCGGGUUCUCCCUUUUUUGCUGGAGCCGAACCCGCUUCCAGUCUUCGAUGGUGGUUUAUUCGAAACCGUUUUGCAGAGUUGGCAUAUCCCUGCCACUCCCCAGUGGAGUAGAAUGUUUAGACAUUCAAAGUGUCCUGCUCUGCUCUUUCUUUGCUGCACAUUCUAUUUUUAAACAAUUAAAUUCAGUUUCAUUUUGGAAGGGA